CAACAUUAAGGAUCAUAUGAUCGUUCAAUGAAGAAGCACGUCUGAUUAGGCGUCGACUUGCUCCUUUCAGCCAGUUUUUAGUUUUCUGGCUGGUUAUCGGCUGUUUUACGUGUGAGCGGUGUAAAAUAUUAACUAUCAGCCAUGGCGCUAAGCGACGCAGAUGUUCAGAAGCAGAUCAAGCAUAUGAUGGCCUUCAUCGAACAAGAGGCCAACGAAAAGGCUGAGGAAAUCGAUGCCAAAGCCGAAGAGGAGUUCAAUAUUGAGAAAGGCCGUCUCGUGCAACAGCAGAGGCUUAAGAUCAUGGAGUACUAUGAAAAGAAGGAAAAACAGGUGGAACUCCAGAAAAAGAUCCAAUCUUCGAACAUGCUCAACCAAGCUCGUCUGAAAGUACUGAAAGUGCGUGAAGACCACGUACGUAACGUGCUGGACGAGGCCCGCAAGCGCCUGGCUGAGGUGCCCAACAACAAGGAAUUGUACUCCGAACUGCUUGUCACACUCAUUGUACAGGCUCUGUUCCAGUUGGUGGAACCUCAGGUGACCGUCCGCGUACGACAGGCCGAUAAGAGCCUGGUGGAGGGGCUGCUGCCCAAGGCACAGUCCAGCUACAAACAGAAGAUCAGCAAGGACCUCCAGCUGAAGGUGGACAAUGAGAACUUCCUUCCUGCUGAGACCUGCGGCGGAGUCGAUCUUGUAGCGGCCAAGGGCCGUAUAAAGAUUUGCAACACGCUGGAGUCGCGGCUGGAGCUGAUCGCCCAGCAGCUGCUGCCCGAGAUCCGUACGGCGCUCUUCGGCCGCAACCCCAACCGCAAGUUCACCGACUAGAUUAACACAUCUGUUACUACUAACUUAUUAUAAAUCAUUAUUAUUCGUAGAACUAAACGUUAUUAUAAUAAUAAAUGUUUUCCUUUGCCUAAUUAAUUAUAUUGUAAUAAUGCGUACAAUUUUGCUGUGUAGAAUUUAACUGAUGAUUGGUCCUGUCGAGUCGUCAGAAGUAAAUAAUGUGUGAUCAUGUAAGUUUCUGGUUCCUGUUUGUUGUUCUAUUCGUAACUGUAUGUUAGUUUCGCCUACUUAACACCGAUGUCUACUGAGAACAAAAUAUUUUAUUCUUACAAUUCAUUCGUCAUAUGUAUCCUAGAGUAGAGAUUCGAAACGAUAUAAUUAAGACAUUGUUACCAUAUAUCUAGGUAAUAUUAAUAGCAUUUUAAAGUCGAUUCUGUUAAAGAGUUCAUAGGCGUCUGCUCUGCACCUUCCGCCUUCAGUAUUAAUGCAGCACGAGUCACAAGACACAGGCGCCUUCGUUAGGUCGACGUUAACAAUUAGUUGUAUGCGAAAAUGUUUCUGUAUCCUUAUAAUAAUAGAUGUUAUUACUGGAUGUUUUGCAACGAUAUAUUUGGUCUAUAUCGUUUCGCGUAGGAUCAUUGAGUGCUGCAAGGUUGGCUCACGGCGGCAGCAUCCUAUGCUGGGAACACCUAAAUCGAGGUAAAGAUUUGGCUGCGCGCAGUGUAGCGCCGUGGGGGAACCUUUCAGUGUUUCACACAUUCCUACCUUGUAUUACCUGGCAGUUACAGUUUUCUCGGCUUGCUUUUGACGGACGUAAUCGGCAGAGCACAAUAGCUCUUAUAUAAGGUACAAUGUAUAAUCCCCUUUAUGGCACUGUUAAAAUUCUUAUGUAAAUAUAUAGAUGUGUUAAUA